CAAAGGAGGCGCGAAGGGGGAUCAAACGGAGUUAAUGGUUCUAAAAAAAGAAAAGAAAAAAGACGACGCAACAGAAAGAAAGAACAGAGGGAUCUGCCUGCAAAGCAGCUCAUUUGCAUACGUCAAGAGGACAUUUACAUAUGGACCCUACUUAAGCGCGAGAGGAGCCCCCAGCAGCCUUCAGAGGCGCACGAGCAGCGCUGCCGGACACAGCUCAGCGAGAGCGCGAGGCACACGGGUCCUGCUAGCCCCUCGGCACGCGCUAACUCCACUCCACUCCGGUUAUUUCGCUUUAAUCCUCCUCCUUCUCCUCCUCCUCGCGCCGCAGCGGUGAUGGGAGCGGUGGGUUUCCCGCAGGUGCACGGCGUCCAGGGUCUCGCGCCCAGCGGCGCGCACUUCGCGCUCGCGCAGCACCAGCAGCAGCAGCUGGUGUCAGCGGAGCGGCUCUCGCGCAGCGCCGCCCCUGACCUCGCGCUGCUGAAGGGCGCGCUGCGGCGCAGACAGCUUUACUGCAGGACCGGACACCAUCUGCAGAUCCUGCCGGACGGGACAGUGCAGGGCACGAGACAGGACCACAGCAGGUUCGGCAUCCUGGAGUUCAUCAGCCUCGCCGUAGGCUUGGUCAGCAUCCGUGGUGUGGACAGCGGCCUAUACUUGGGCAUGGACAGCAAAGGGCAGCUCUAUGGCUCGGAGAAGCUGACGGCUGAGUGCGUCUUCCGGGAGCAGUUUGAGGAAAACUGGUACAACACUUACGCGUCCAACCUCUACAAGCACGGAGAGCGAGGGCCGCACUACUUCGUCGCGCUCAACAAAGACGGGACGUCAAGGGAUGGCACCCGAUCUCGGAGACACCAGCGCUUCACACACUUCCUGCCCCGGCCGGUGGAUCCGGAGCGGGUGCCCGAGCUUUACAAGGAGGUUCUGGGCCACAGCUGACGCAAAAUCCGCUGACCGGACCUACGCACGUAACAGCGCUUCUGCUUCUAGGGCCCUACAUGGUCGCUCCAGGAGAAGGGAGUGUGUUGAGGCUUGAGACCCUCCAGGAAAUACCCCUCACUUACUUUUGGGGGGGGCCAAAGGCAGGAGCAGGAAGAGGUGUAACUUGGGACCACUGAGGGCUUAACAUCAAAUUUAAAGAACACCAGGUUGACCAAUGGAUAACUUGAUUGGCAGGGAUCGGCAAGGUGAAGCUUCCUCAGAAAGGACAGUGGACCCAGGAAUGCUCCGGUUCUUGGACGUGGUGGAGCUUUGGCAUUGAGAAAAAGACCCACCGGUCAGAGACUGAACUGAUACCGAAAGCUUCUGAAGGAAUUCCGUGCGACGUUCUUCUGACGUUCUUCUGCUCAAACACUGGCAACGAACAAACAAACAGAGACUAAACUUCCAAACCUUUCAUUUUUUAGCCCAUAAUUUAUGCUUAAAAACCCAAACAUAUAUUUAUUUUAUAUAUUUAUUUAUUUUGAUAGUAUAUUUUUACAGCAAUAUAUGAGAUCGUGAGGGAUUUAUUUUCUACCGCUAUAGACAAUGAGCUAUGAUAUGACAGCACUACUGAAGAACGUAUUUUAAUAUGGGAUUGUUUUCAUGUCCACACACAUGCUCGUUCAUCCAUGCUUUUCUUGUCCUUAUGUCACGAAGCAAGGUCUUCACAGAAUGUUCUGCAGUUCAUUUGGGAAUUAAACAAUUCGAUAAAGGA